AUGAAAGCUGCUUAUUGUGCUGUGGCUUUGGAGUGUACGGUGAAGUUUUUGGUGAGCGGUGGUGGAAAGCCUGGUGAGAAAUAUUUGAACGCAAUUGACCGGAUUUGGAGAGGGAGAGUUUGUCAAUUGGAGAGGUCUGGGAAGAAGAGUAAUUUGUUAACGGUGGAUUUGAAGAGGUGUUGGGAUGAGGUUGAGAAGGCGGUUUGGGACGAUGGUGUAUGUAAGAAGCUUUUGGGUAUGAAUACUCGGAAUGAGGCUGUGAGAUUGGUUUUGGAGUAUUUGAAAGAGGCUUGGGCGUUAAUGGGUCCUUCGUUUGUGGAGUGGGCAGCAAAAUUGAGCACCUACGAGAGAGGUCUGGCGCGUUCGGGAGCGGUGGAGGGUUCAGAGAAUGAACACGAAGUGUAUAGAGUGGUCGAAAUGCGUGAACCGGUGGCUUCGAAGUUAGCCAAUCCUGGUGGAGGGUUGAGUGUUAGCGGUAUGCUUGAAUUGGCAACUGAGCUCAGGGCCCGGGAAGAUGUGAUGGAACCGGGUAAUGAUCAGGUUUGCGAUAAAGAUGUGGAUUUUGCUGUUACUUUCCAUGAUUCUAGACCUUCCACGGUUGUUAAAGGUACCAUUUUUCUCAUUUUUAUCUUCAAAGAGAUAUGGAUUUGCAUGCUUGUAGAGAAACUUACAAACAAGUUUUGUUUUGCAAUUGUUUAUGGUUACAUUACAGAAAUUCAGAGGGAAAAGGUGGUGACCAGAAACAAGCAAGUUGUUUUCAAUAAAAGGCGUAGAGGACCAGUCAGGAUUAGUGAAGUUGAGGAUUUAGACACAAAUGAAUCCGAAAAUUGUAACUCUAUCCCAACCCCUGAAGUCAAUAGAGUACAAGAAACACUUAAAUCUAGUACUCAGGAAUUACGAGCGCUCGUGACAGACCCACUUCCUGAAGCAUUACAAGUGGCUGAAGGUGUAGCUUCAGACUUGGCAACAAAGAAUGUGAGCCAUGAGCACCCUGUAGAAAGCCAGAAAGAAACCGAAGCAGAUGCAGCAACAAAUGCAUCUGUUGAACAAAGCACCAGACAUGUUCAGUCUAGUGAUGCUAAUCUUGAUAAGCCAUCCUGUAGUCAUCAGGAUAAUGGUACUCAACCCAGCUUGAUGGCUCGCAAUAGUACUGCCCACACAUACGAGUGGGAUGAUUCGAUUGAUGAUGACCCUGAUACAUCGGUCAAAAGGAGCAAACUUCACCUACCUAGCCCGAAGAUAAAGGUUGUUUCUCCACUGAAGAAGUAUGCACCUACAAAAAUUUUAAAGAGAAGAAAAGUUAAGAGGUGGUCACUGCUGGAGGAAGACACUCUAAGGGAUGGCGUGAAUAAGUACGGUAGGGGAAAUUGGAAACUUAUCCUUAAUAGCUACAGUGAUAUAUUUGAAGAGAGAACAGAGGUGGAUUUGAAGGACAAAUGGAGAAAUAUGACUCGAUAAUGACACUACUGAGGGACAUGGAAACAGAGGCAUAUCUACUGUCUAACCUCCUUUUCACUCAUUUAAUCUAAUAUGGCAAUGGUAUUGACACCCCUGAACAAGCCAAGUUUGAUAUGUUGCUUUAGUAAAGGCUUCUCUUGGAUAGUUAGUUACUUUCUUAUAUGAUUGUACCAUGUUCACCCUAUAUAGAUAGAUAGCACAGUAUAUGUAGUUGUAUUUUAUUCUGCAGGUCUACUUUUUUUAGGUUCAACUUACAUUUCAGCAGCGGCAGCCUUAUACAAUGCAAUUAGGGUUAAAUGGAAGUUGAUUGUUACUGAGUACUCUUUCUUCAAUUAAUCAUUGAUUUAAGAUUUUUUAUUUUUAGUGCA